UUGGCCUCCUUCUCUCGGUCCGUCUCACAUGAGCCUAAGGAGCGCAAGUCGGUGACGGUGGAGGAGCAACCGUCUGGUGUCUACCACUACAACUACUGCGAGGACGAUUCGGUAACCGGGGCCUGUCCCUUCGGGCCCUACCAGGGCCGCCAAACCAGCGCCAUCUUUGAGGCUGCCAAGCGGGAGCUGGUCAAGCUCAUGAAGGUGGAGGACCCUUCUCUCCUCAACAACCGGGUCUUACUCCAUCACGCCAAAGCCGGGACGGUCAUUGCCCGUCAAGGGGACCAGGACGUGAGCCUCCAUUUCGUGUUGUGGGGCUGCCUCCACGUGUACCAGCGGAUGAUCGACAAAGCGGAGGACGUCUGCCUCUUCUUGACGCAGCCCGGCGAGAUGGUGGGACAGCUGGCCGUCCUCACCGGCGAGCCUCUCAUCUUCACCAUCAAGGCCAAUCGCGAUUGCACCUUCCUCAAAAUCUCCAAAUCGGACUUCUACGAGAUCAUGCGGGAGCAGCCCAGCGUGGUGCUGAGCGUCGCCCACACCGUGGCUGCCCGUAUGUCACCCUUCGUACGCCAGAUGGACUUUGCCAUCGACUGGAUGGCGGCGCUCUACAGGCAGGGUGACAAGUCGGACUGUACCUACAUCGCGCUCAACGGGCGCCUCCGCUCCGUCAUCCAGAAGGGCAGCGGCAAGAAGGAGCUCAUCGGGGAGUACGGCCGUGGAGACCUCAUCGGCGUGGUGGAAGCCCUCACCCGACAGCCCCGUGCCACCACUGUCCACGCGGUCCGGGACACGGAAUUGGCCAAACUGCCUGAGGGCACCUUGAACAACAUCAAGCGCAGAUACCCCCAGGUUGUCACCCGCCUCAUCCACCUCCUGAGCCAGAAGAUCUUGGGAAACCUUCAGCAGCUCCGUGGGCCCUUUGCAAGCUCCGGCUUGGGCAUGGCCUCCAGCUCAGAGCCCACCAACCCCACCAGCAACCUGUCAACGGUGGCGGUGCUGCCGGUGUGCGAUGAUGUGCCGACGGCUGCCUUCACGCUGGAACUCAAGCACGCGCUCAACGCCAUCGGUCCCACGCUGCUCCUCACCAGCGACAUCAUCCGUGCCCGUCUCGGUUCCUCGGCACUGGACAGCAUCCAGGAGUACCGCCUGUCGGGGUGGUUGGCGCAGCAGGAGGACAUCCACCGUAUCGUCCUGUACCAAACCGACUGUACCCUGACGCCGUGGACCGUGCGCUGCAUCCGUCAAGCCGAUUGCAUCCUCAUCGUAGGGUUGGGCGACCAAGAACCGGCGCUGGGAGAGCUGGAGCAGAUGCUGGAGAACACGGCGGUACGUGCGCUGAAGCAGUUGGUUCUCCUACACCGCGAGGACGGUCCCAGCCCUUCCCGUACCGUUGAAUGGCUCAACAUGCGCAGCUGGUGCUCGGGUCACCUCCACAUCAAGUGUCCCCGGCGCGUCUUCUCCCGCCGUAGCCCCGCCAAACUGCGGGAGAUGUACGAGAAGGUGUUCGAGAAGAACGCCGAUCGGCACAGCGACUUCUCCCGGUUGGCACGGGUCCUCACCGGUAACACCAUCGCCCUCGUUCUGGGAGGUGGCGGAGCCAGGGGCUGCUCCCAUAUUGGGGUGAUCAAGGCGAUGGAGGAGUCGGGGAUCCCCAUCGACAUGGUGGGUGGCACCUCCAUCGGCGCCUUCAUCGGGGCGCUCUACGCCGAGGAGCGCAGCGCCGUCCGCACCAAGCAGCGGGCGCGCGAGUGGGCCAAGUGCAUGAAUUCAGUGUUCGAGACCGUCCUGGAUCUCACCUACCCCAUCACCUCCAUGUUUUCGGGCUCAGCCUUCAACGCCAGCAUCAACAAGGUUUUCCAGGACAAGCAGAUUGAGGACCUGUGGCUGCCCUACUUCAAUGUCACCACCGACAUCACGGCCUCGGCCAUGCGAGUGCACACGGAUG